GCGGACGAGAACCUGUGGCAUAUAAAUACGGCGAUCGCCAUGGACAGCUUCACCAGUCAACGAUCUCGUCGUCAAGAGUUGUAUCCCGAAGAAACGAAAAACUCAAACACACACAAACCAAAAUGGCAGCUAAGUUGAUCAUCUUCGCCGCAUGCGUGGUUUCCGCCAUCGCUCAAUACCCCGCCCCGGCCUACAAGCCCGCUUACCCAGCCGCUUACCCAGCACCCGCUUACUCGGCACCAAAGGCAUACGCCCCAGAGCCCGCUUACGCCCCGGCCCCAUACAACUUCGAAUACAGCGUCAACGACCCAUCCACAUACGACGUCAAGAGCCAGUCCGAGUACAGCGACGGAAACGGCAACGUCAAGGGAUCGUACAGCCUGGUCGAAGCCGACGGUUCCACCCGCGUCGUCGAAUACACCGCCGAUGACUACAACGGUUUCAACGCCGAGGUCAAGAAAAUCGAAGGAGGAUACAAGGCCCCAUACGCCGCCCCAGCCCCAGCCUACAAAGCCGCCCCGGCCUACAAGCCCGCUUACGCCGCACCAGCUUACCCAGCACCCGCCGCCUACCCAGCACCUUCAUACUCCGCACCCGCCUACAAGCCAGCCCCGUACAAGGCUUACUAAUAACCGACUCCUCGUCAGCACUCCCAGGCCACCUGUCAGUCAUCGUCGCCGGUGAAACCAACACAAUGUGACCGUUACCUACACCAUACCGCGAGUCACAUAUCGUGUGUGUACAACUCGCGUAUAAAUAUCAUAUAUAUUUUUUGUAAAUAAUUUAUUACACGACGUACUAUUAUAUUAUUAUAUUGACCAUCGUAAUACUAUAUAAUAA